CUCUCACACACUCACACACACACACACACACACACACACACACACACACUGACACACACACUUGCACUCACUCACACACACACACACACACACACACACACAUACACACACCACCACUACAGUAUAUCAGCGAGUGACUAGCGGAGAGCCAGAGGGGAGUGCAGAAAUGAAUGUGAAGAUCCUGACGCUGGUGAUUGUGCUCUUGGUGUCUCUGCUGUGUUCUGCUACUGCUGGUCCCAUGGCCUCCGUGGAGCAUGGCAGAGAGCUGGAAGAGGCCUCUGCAGUGAGAAAAAUGGUCCAGCAAAGCCCUGCGAGGGGCGGUCAGACCCACAGACCAGCUGGCUGGAAGAGGAGACGCCCACGGCCCCGUCUUUCCCACAAGGGGCCCAUGCCUUUCUAGAGCAAGGCACUGCAUUGAGCGCCCUCCCCCAGGUUCUGAUUUCUAUGCUCUUCCUUUGCCUUGGGGGGCCUUGCAACGAAGGGCCUACGCUUGCCCAGCCUGAAGAGUGAUGUCCAUAGCACCUGCUGGUUCUUCAAGCAACUCUGUCCACAAAAAAAAUCAGGACAAGCCGCUCACCCUCAGCUCUAUAGGAGGAAUUGGGGACAGGGAAGGGGGGUGGGGGGUAUUGAGCCCGAGCUAUCAGACUCUAUUUCUCUGUCUCUCUCUUUUUCUUUCUCUCACUCCCUCACUACUUAUCUAUCUCUGUCUUCUCCCAAGUGUUUUUUUUAAUUAUUAUUUUCCUAUCAUUUGCUUAAUAGAGCCCAAUCAAUAGCUGUCUCCCCGAGUGUCUCACACACUUUGCAUGACAUGUGGUGGAGAAGGAGCCCAGUCCAAACAAUCUGAGUCUUAAAGCGUCUGUCACUUCUCCAUGGUGUGGUAUUCCCAGCUCUCAGAUUCAAGGUUGCUGCCGCCACCGAUUUCUUUGUUGUGUAGCUAACAGCUUUUAAGUCGUGAGAGAGAGCACUGAUCAUGCAGAAGGGCAGUGUCAGUUAUAAUAGUUGACAGAAGCAAAUAUUAACUUCACAUAUGAUACUGGAGAUGCCUGCUGCGUAAAGGAAAUCUUAGGUUUUGUGUUUAAAAUGGAAGUGCAAGAGCGUCACAUUUAAAGGUCAUUGAAGCCAUCGUUCAAUUAUCUUUAUUAACGAUGCUUUGUGCCUCCUAAAGACAGUGUGUCCACACUGUCAAAACAAUCCAUUUAAGUGACACAAUAAUUCCUUAAUUUAGGAGAUUCUUUAAUCCAAAGCGAUUUUGGUGUUUCUGAACUCAUUAACACCUUAGAGGCGGGGGGUUUACUGACAUGCUCAAGGUUACUGUAACAUGUUGCACCUUGGAUGAGUCCUUUGACCCCAAAUCCCAAUCCUGUUCCCAAUCCCCAGCCUUCGCACCACACUGCUGCCCUGUGCAGCUGCUCUACACGACUGUUAACUGGCAGGGGCGGUCUGCUCCACCGACAGGCCGCCUUGCCUUUUAAUGAAGUGCCAAAUAAUAACCUUGUCCACAAUGCUGCCAGGAACAAAGGAAUGAAAGGUUAGGCAGAAACACAUUACCUCUUGUUUGAAGUCUUGAUACACUGACACAUCAUGCAUUUUAAAUUUCUGCAAACAGAAAUCCCACGUGAGAUAUAACGUUAGCGAGGACGACAAGUUCAAUUAGACCAAAAAGGACAAAACAGAAAAACCAAGAGGAAACCGUUUCAAAGCUCAGCUCAGUUAAUAUGCCACAGUGACCAGCCUAACACUAUAGUGCUCUAGCUGUUGUAAUACUCAGCACAAGGCUGGUUUGACCCCUUGACCGACAUCUUUCACUGACAAAAUGCUAUGCCUUUCCAUCAUACUGGAAUAUAUUACUGUUUAUGUUUAUUUCUUUGUUUAAGUAGUUUUAUUUCUUUUUUUUUUCUCAGGGUGCUGUGACAGAGGCUUGUACUAGAGCAGUCUAUUUUGUGCAUUUAUUUAAAAAAAAAAACUCAAACAUACAGUACAUUAAAGCUUAUGUGAGCAUAUUUUCAUAUACUGUAUCUUUACUCUCCCUGUAUGUAUUCACCAAUAUAGCCAUGUAGCCAGACUCAGUCCUUUCUAGCCACGAUCCGUUCCCCACAUUACGUCGGGUACAGUUGCCUUUCUAGUGUGCCCUUCCACAGCACAGGUGGUCGUGGCUUUGAUCAUUACGCUCAUUAAAUCCUCGAGUUAAUCUUUUUCAGAUGGAUCUCCCCAAGGCUGGCCCGGGCCACUUAGUCUGAGCUCAUUGUUCAAUUGGCUUAGACUGAAACCACACCCUUCCCCCCUUUCCCAAUCCCCAAACCGCGGCGAUUCAGUGUGUAACAUUGUAACAUAUUAGGAGUGUAACCUGUAGAGCAGCCACCUUGCAAUUGUCCGUUGUAUACUAGGUGUGCCAAGCAACUUCCUUGUGUUUUUCAAUGGGUUUGAGGGGAAAAUCUGAUUUCAAUCCACUGCGAUUCAAUCAGCAAACACCCUACUUCCACCAGAUGAGCAACUGGGAGGUUAACAUAGAUUCCCGGCAUCGUUUCCCUCUCACCAUGUCUCAUGCAAAUAUUAUAAUAAAAUGCAGAGUCUUCUCAUUCCCAGCAUGAGAGGCUUUUAUUAGGAGGGCAUCUAAAAUCACAGUGGUAAUCCACCCAGCCAAGCACACCUUGAUUAAAAAUGUAUUAAAUCCUAGGGCACUGUGAAGAGUAAUAAUUUCAGUUCCAUCCUUUUUUUCCCCCGUACCCGCUCCGACAGAGAUGUAGAUUUCAUUAAUGCUCCUUGGGAGUGAGACAGCUUUGCUCACAAUGUCUCAUGUAUUAUUGGGGAAGACAGUGGGAAGAUAUGAGCUGGGGAUGGAAGUUCAAAGCUGCAGGAGUCGGGAUGCUGGAAGUAGACUAGGUCAUGACAAGGGGUUCAAAUCAAUAUUUCCCCCAUCUCAGAGGUUUUUGUUACGGAGCCGAGCAACGUCUGUAUCCGCACUGUUCUUCAUGAAUGUAUCCUCACCAUCUGCACCAGCCAUGCCGCCCUUUCAGAGACCAGAGCAAACCAAUGUUUAUGUAAAGUACCCUUUUUAAUCUUGGUCUGGUUAUCAGUUGAAUCCAAAAAUCAAAAGCCAAAUAUCCCAGUGAUCCAAAGCCUCCAGUGUCAAUAAGUCCCAACAAAUAGACGUGGCUUUGCUCCAAAACUGCUCUGUGUGGGUUCGCAAGGCUGCACUUUCUGCAAUUCCAUUAUGCUGCUGGAAAAAUACACCCAGAAAACAUGAGUCUCUUGAUAUGGAAUAGUUUUCCAGUGUAUUGUGACAAUUUUUUGUCUGAUUUUUGUCUAGCUGGUUGUCCAAAGCUUACUUUUUGAAUACAGUGUGAAAACCUGUAUCUUUUGUGGAUGUAACAAAAUAGAAAAGUAGUCUGCAGCACAAUAUGUCGUGGACACGUGAAAGCUUUCAGGCAUUCUUUUCUUGUAGAUCAUAGCUCACAGCCCUCCUCUGCACAUCAGGUUAAUGGGCCUUGUGGUGUGGAAGGACAAGCACGUCCAGGCUCAAACUGAAACUGUAAACCAAUACAUUAUGCUCGGGGAGCAAAACCAUUUUCCUUAAUGGUCUUUUCCAGCAAGGCUUACACAAGAGAAACGAUUCCUAUCCUAUCAAUGUUUCCCCCCCAGUUCCUCUUCUCUGUGACCAUCACAUGGCCUGAGUAAUGUUCCUAUGCACUUGUUAGCAUGUUUUCCUGGUAGAAAAAUGUUUGUGCUGAGAACUUGCCCCAUUGUGUUUAGUUUUUUUUAAUUUUUUUUUUUUUUUGUCCAAAUGCAUUUGGCUGGGAGUGUGUAAGGAGUGGGGCUGAGCAGAGAGAUAGAUAUGGGUUACUGAUGGAGGUGAGAGUAAGGUAGCAGAAGGUUUUAAAAUAUUAGCUUAGCCAAUGAGUUCGGUUUUCUCAAUAGCGACAGACACGACCGCCACACGUAAAAGUCACAGAAAAACACAAGGUUUUUUAUGUUUUCGUUACUAUUGUCAUUGUGUACUCAGUCCUCUACCAGACACAAUUCCUUUAAAAAUCACACGGAACCAAACUUCUCAUUCAUUGUGGAAAUGGUAGGAGAGUUGGCACACGACACAUUCCACGAUUUUACCUUGUGAAUUUCUAAACCCAUCAAACUGUAUCAUGUUGGCCUUCAGAGUGGGUGUCUGCAGGAUCGAGUGGCUGAUAUUCAAUCCAACGCAUUCACACAUUUCCACCGGCUGGGCAAUCCAAAGGAUAACUAGAUUAUAUCUCCCACGGGAAAUGACUGUCUGUCAUUAUCCUGGAGCCUCAAAAUGAGACUUCCUACACCCAGAAUAGCACAGGCCCCGCCUGCCUUGAUUGCAACACAUUCUCCCUCUAUGUAACCACUGUGUCCGAGAUGAAGAUCAGCCACAUUCAAAACAACCUGAGGAGAGGUGCAGUCUGUAGGCUCACACGCCAUCGCAACAGUGUUACUAGGUCUCAAGCAGAUACCAUUUUUAAGACAAUGUAUUACUCCUGAAACUUAUAUUCUGUUAAUGGUGUGUGCUCAUAUUACUCACCAGGCCAAAUGUACAGUCCCUGUCUCUGUUUUGAUGUUGAACUGGGCAAAAAUAAAUGACAUAAAUAAAUAAAUAAAUAAAACAAGUGUAUCAGAAAUGGUUGAAAUACUGUGUACAUAUUUGAACUUUUGGUUUCUAAUUUAUAAAAGAUAAGCUUUAGCUCUUGGAGUACUUAUUUUAUUUUUUUCCUUUCAUGCGUAGCUUUGUGUUUUUAUUUUCUAUUUCUGUAAAGUGUGUAAAUAUAUCUUUAUGAUAAUAAGUAAUAUUAAAAAUCUUAUUUUAAGAAA